AUGUCUCAAUUAGGCAUAAAUUUAAUAAUAAUAGUGAAUGAACUUCAAGACAAACUCAAUCCAUUAGGCAUUGAAACAUCUAUAAUAGAUUUGCCACAAAUCGCAGUCAUCGGCGGUCAGUCAUCGGGAAAGUCGAGUGUAUUGGAGAGUAUAGUCGGCAAAGACUUUUUACCCCGAGGUUCAGGUAUUGUCACCCGAAGACCACUUGUUCUCCAAUUGAUAAACGACCAAAAUAACAGACAAUGCAAGUUUCACAUAUUUAAAUAUAUAAAUAUAUAUAAUUUUAAUCACAUUUUAAUAGCAUUCGGAGAGUUUCUUCACUCUCCGGGAAAAUGUUUCUAUGAUUUCAAUGAAAUCAGAGACGAAAUCACGGCAGAAACUGAUAGAGAAAUUUCUGACUAUAAGGGGAUUUCUGCAAAACCAAUAAAUCUGAAGAUCUAUUCCCCGGAUGUAUUGGACCUAACAUUAGUUGAUUUGCCGGGAAUGACAAGAGUGGCCGUUGGGAACCAACCCAAAGAUAUCGAGAAAAUGAUUGAGAAUAUGAUUAUAGAGUAUAUUUCGAAAGAUAAUUGUCUUAUACUAGCGGUCACUGCUGCUAAUCAAGAUUUGGCCACAUCUGAUGCUCUGAAGUUGGCCCAUGCAGUGGAUCCAUCGGGUGAGCGCACUAUCGGUGUGUUAACCAAAUUAGAUCUCAUGGACGCCGGGACUAACGCCAGAGAUAUACUCAAUGGGAGGCAUGAAAUACAUUUGAAAAGAGAUUUCAUAGGAGUUAUCAAUCGGUCACAAAAGGAUAUCGACGACAAUAAAGACAUCAGAAAAGCUCUUUCAGAUGAACGCAGGUUUUUCAUAGAGCACCCGGCUUAUGGACCGGAUAUGGCGGACAAAAUGGGAAUCAGAUACCUUCAGGAAUAUUUACAGACAGAGCUGUCAAAUCAUAUCUUCAAACGAUUGCCGCCAUUGAAGCCUAAAAUACAGAAUAAAUUAGACGAACUGAACAAGAAAUUAGAGACAAUUGAGUUGCCGUUAGAAGAUUCAGACAAAGAGAGGAUAUUAGCCGAAGCCUACGAGAAGAUGAGAUCUAGUUUUGAUGCCGGAGUGGGAGGAAAGGCAUGGCUGGUGUCCGCCGAGAAACUGAAUGGCGGAACAAAAAUCAAUUCCUUAAUGAACGACACUUAUGCCAAAGAAGUGAAUAAAAUGUUUUACGACGACAACCGUAUCCGACAAUGUGUGGGAGAUAUUGAACGCUAUCCUCAAUUAAGAGCUGUCUUUUCAAAGUUUGCAUUGGAUUUCGUACGCGAGUCUAAUAAGAAAUGCAAAUCAUUUGUCGAGCAUUUGGUCGAAUCGGAAAAGUCUUAUAUGAAUACCAUUAAUGAAGACUUUAUUAAAAUGAUUGGGAAUACCACUUCGAGACCCAUACCCGACAUUCAAUCUAUAAUGUCCGAGAAAGCCUCCAAACAAAGUGCUGUCAAAAGUGAUUGGAUUAAAUACAAGAAGGAUGAGUAUUGGUUUGUAUUGAAUGACACAACCCUUUCGUGGUAUAAGAAUGAGACACAAAAGGACAGGAAAGACAAGGUGGACAUAAAGGGUGCGACUAUCAAACCAGUUAAUGGUGACCUAACCUUAGUGAUAAAUAUAGCUCAAAAAGAAUUGUUGGGAAAGAGUUCACUGGAACUGGUGUUCAAAUCGCGACCAGAGAUGGAUAAGUGGAGGGAUUGGUUGGAAGAGGUGGAUGGGAGUCAUAACAAUUCCAGUGACAAUAUAUCCAUCUCCAGUCAAUCAUCCAUUUCCUAUACGCCCACAACACUCAACAAAACACCACAAGACGUCUCAUACUCAGCCCAUUUGGGGGCUCAGGUGGAAGAAGUCAAGAGAUUAGUCGACGCUUAUGUGGUUAUACUUAAGAAAAAGUUUAAGGACGGCCUACCGAAGUUGUGUCAGUUAGAGCUAAUAGACUCGACCUCUAAGUUCAUUGCCGUCGACUUCAAGGUCCGUAUCCGUCAAUCAUACGACUCUACCGGAGAUAUCAUUGGUGACGAUCCCGACAGAGAAGUCAGGAUUGAUUUGGAGACCCAACAGACCCAUUACACCGAAGCCAUUGAUAUAAUCGACAAAUUUUCACACAUGAAAUUAUAACACAUUUGUAGCUUUAAGUCAUAUUUAUAUUACUGAACUUCAUUUACUACUAUUUUUAUAAGUCUAUUGCCAUAAAUUAAAAAUAACAAUUUUAAAUCAAAUA